AUGGCACCACCCCGAGCCCAUUCUUCUCCAUCGCGUCCGCAUACUGCCUCCGCCAACGUCCAGCAGCCCGCCGCCGAUCCCAAUGUCAACGAAGAACUCUUCGUCAACCCCAUGCUUGGGGAGCCGUUGGUCAUAUACAUCGAGAAAGACGUCGAGGACAAAGAGGAGCUCGUUCGCCUGUUAACAACAUAUGGCGGAAACAUUGCUUCAGGUUAUAGUGGAGUUUCAUACAUCCUUGUCGACCCCCUGAAGAUAUCAGGUCAGAAUCUGUAUCGCCAGUACGCGAAUAAGAAGGGCAAAGUUGUACUUGACGCCCGUUGGAUUCGAGAAUGUAUAAAGGCGAACAAGUUGUUGACUUAUGCCACCAAUUGGGGAGGGUGUAAAGUAACCGGGGAGGAACGGGCGAUUCUGCAGAGACACCAGCAGCAGCAGCAACAACAACAACAACAACAACAACAACAACAACAACAGCCCCCUCACCCGCAAUCUAUACACCACCAGCACCAGCAUCAUGGCGACCUUAAUGAACGAGACGUUUGCUCCAUCAUCAUGGACCGGGUAUUUUCGAAUGCAGAAGAGCAGGCACAACAACACCCUCAGAUGCAACAAGGGCAGCAGCACCAUCAACAGCAGCAGCCUGAUCAGCAACCUCCCCAACCACAGCAGCAGCACCAACCCCAACAACAUCCUCCGGCGCCUACCGCUCCGCCACAGGCUGGGCCUGUUGUACAACCCCAGCACCCGCAACCUAUGAUGCCCUACGCCAUGCCUGUUGCCACUGUGCUUGUCGACCCCAUGAACCCAUUCGCAGGUGUUGCUCAUUAUGCCCAUCCCGGUCACCCACCACCGGGUGUGGUACCUCCCCAUGCAUGGCCUGUUCACCCCCAUGCCUUGAUGCCUCAGAUGAUGCGGCCCAUGCAAGGUCAUCAACAAUGGGAGGCCUAUCACCAGCAGGUGGGCAUGCAGUCCCAACAGCCCUACGUCGGCGCGGAAUAUCGGUAUCGAGAAACGACUGCCCCUUGGGUGACAUCCAAUGCAACCUAUUACGACACCACUCAAUAUGUCCAGUCGUAUCAGCAGCAGCAGCCUACAGCGUACCCUUCCGCACCAGAUCAAAUGGAGCAGACACAUCCAGAGCCUCAAAUCCAAGCACCACAACCUCAAGCUCAGGCCCAGGUCCCGUUGCAGCCACAGACACAGGCAACGCCUUCGGAGACACCCACUCCAGCUCCUCCACCUGUGGAUGUACAGCCAUCGACAGGAACUUUGGAGCCUCCAGAUAGGCCUAGAGGCCGCAAGCGCACACGAGUCGUGACCACGCCUGCCACUCCUGCAACGGAGCUAGUCGCUCGAUCGGCCCCAGCGAGAUCGCCGACACCUCCCACACGCGUCAUCAAGAGUACCUAUGGAGGCAAUUUAUUCACGGCUGAGGAUGUGAUGUAUCUCAAGAAGUACAUCGACUAUUGUCAGGAACAAGGACUCGUUCUGAGCCUUCGUGAGAUCUGUGAACGCGUCGCAGUCAAGGCACCGCAUCAUACGUUCUAUUCGUGGCGGAGAUAUUGCAAUAAGCAUAAGAUCCGUUUGAGCGGAUAUAUGAUGAAUCAAGCAAGAGACAGCUCACCAAUGGACGAAGACAUUGGGGAAGAAGGGGAGAUCGAAGAAGAGUCGGAGGUUUCCAGAGGUGGCCCUGGGCCCAGUUCUUCACGGAUGAACUCGACGGCAGCACCAGCUCAAGCAGAGGCCCGGUCAGAGUCCGUUCCAAGGAAUCGAUCACCAACCCCUCCUAGAGCCCUAUAUCGGAGUACAACUGGGAAAGGCGUUGCUUUCACUCAAGAAGACGUUACCUUUCUGGUCAAGUUUAUGCGGUAUAAGGAAGCCCAGUCUCAGGGUCGUAUGGACAUGGUCGCUUUCUGGAAGGAAGUCGCUGCAAAGGCCCCCCAUCAUUCGAAGGCAUCGUGGAUGAAGUAUUGGAGAAGACAUAAGCAUGAGCUCACUCGGACUGAAGCGGAUGGUCCUCUACCUCCUCCUCCCGAAAAGAAGAUGCGAUAUGUCGCCAGUGAUGAUGUCCUUUUGGCCAAGUUCUUCAGAGAAAAGAGGCCCGGUACAUCCGACCAACUGUUCCAGGAAUUUGCUUCCAAGUACGGCCAUCAUCCAUGGAAAGGCUGGCAAGAACACCAUCGGAUACACAAGGCCAAGAUUGAUCACCUCAUCGAAUUACUGAAUGCCGGGCAUAACAUUGACGUCGUCGAGCCUGAAAACCAGUCUUGA